CCUGUAGGUUUGUUGACAAUGAUUCAACAACUAUUUCAUUUCAUUAAUUAAACAGCAAUUCAUUUUUUAAGUGAUCAUCUUUAAGUGUCGAUUUUUGUAAAUCAUAUUUUUUUGUGUCCACUAUUAAACCCUUUGGAUUAUAUCAUGGCCGAUAAGAAAAACCCUGAGGAUCUUUCUACUGCUAUUCUGAAAACCAAAAAUAAGCCCAACCGAUUGAUUGUUGAAGAAGCCACCAAUGAUGAUAACUCGGUUGUUGCUCUUUCUCAGUCCAAGAUGGAUGAGUUGGAGCUUUUCCGUGGAGAUACAGUCCUUUUAAAAGGUAAAAAGAGGCGAGAAACUUGCUGCAUUGUCUUACAAGAUGAUGCUUGUGCAAAUGAAAAAAUUCGUAUGAACCGAUGUGUUCGUAACAAUCUCCGGGUCAGACUUAGUGAUAUUGUCACAAUCCAACCUUACCCUGAUGUCAAGUAUGGUAAAAGAAUUCAUGUCUUACCCAUUGAUGACACUGUUGAGGGUAUCACUGGUAGUUUGUUUGAGGUCUACUUGAAGCCUUACUUUUUAGAGGCAUACAGACCUAUUCAUAAGGGAGAUCUUUUCGUAGUUAGAGGUGGUAUGAGAGCUGUCGAGUUCAAAGUAGUCGAAACUGACCCAUCGCCUUUCUGUAUUGUCGCUCCUGACACUGUCAUUCAUUGUGAGGGAGAUCCUGUAAAACGUGAAGAAGAGGAGGAUACACUUAAUGCUGUAGGUUAUGAUGAUAUUGGUGGUUGCAGAAAACAACUCGCCCAAAUCAAAGAAAUGGUUGAACUUCCUUUACGUCAUCCAAGUCUUUUCAAAGCUAUUGGUGUUAAGCCUCCUCGAGGUAUCCUUUUAUAUGGGCCUCCUGGUACUGGUAAAACUUUGAUCGCUCGAGCUGUCGCCAAUGAGACCGGUGCUUUCUUUUUCCUUAUCAAUGGUCCAGAAAUUAUGAGUAAGCUUGCUGGUGAAUCCGAAAGUAAUCUCAGAAAAGCUUUCGAAGAAGCUGAAAAGAAUGCCCCAGCUAUCAUUUUCAUCGAUGAACUUGAUGCUAUUGCUCCAAAACGUGAAAAGACUCAUGGUGAAGUCGAAAGACGUAUUGUCUCUCAACUUCUUACUCUUAUGGAUGGAUUGAAACAACGAGCUCAUGUCAUUGUUAUGGCAGCUACCAAUCGACCCAAUAGUAUCGAUCCUGCUCUUCGUCGUUUUGGUCGAUUUGAUCGUGAAGUUGAUAUUGGUAUCCCUGAUGCCACUGGCCGACUAGAAAUCUUAAGAAUCCACACAAAGAACAUGAAAUUAGCUGAUGAUGUUGAUUUGGACAAAAUUGCCGCUGAAACUCAUGGUUUUGUUGGUGCUGAUUUGGCUGCUUUGUGCUCUGAAGCUGCCUUGCAACAAAUCAGAGAGAAAAUGGAUCUUAUUGAUCUUGAUGAUGAUCAAAUAGACGCUGAGGUCCUCAGCUCACUUGCUGUCACAAUGGACAACUUCAGAUGGGCCUUAGGAAAGAGUAGCCCAAGUGCCUUGAGAGAAACUGUAGUUGAGGUACCUAAUGUCACAUGGGCAGAUAUUGGUGGUCUUCAAAAUGUUAAACAUGAACUCCAAGAAAUGAUUCAAUAUCCAGUAGAAUAUCCUGACAAAUUUUUGAAAUUCGGUAUGACUCCUUCAAGGGGAGUUCUUUUCUAUGGACCACCAGGUUGCGGUAAAACUCUUUUAGCCAAGGCAAUUGCUAAUGAAUGUCAGGCUAAUUUUAUUUCCAUCAAGGGACCUGAGCUACUUACUAUGUGGUUUGGUGAAUCAGAGGCUAACGUUCGGGAUGUUUUCGAUAAGGCGAGAGCUGCUGCUCCUUGUGUACUUUUCUUCGAUGAGUUGGAUUCUAUCGCCAAAGCCAGAGGUGGUAGUGUUGGUGAUGCUGGUGGAGCUGCUGAUCGAGUUAUUAAUCAAAUUCUUACCGAAAUGGAUGGUAUGGGUAGUAAAAAGAACGUAUUCAUCAUCGGUGCUACCAAUAGGCCCGAUAUUAUUGAUCCAGCUAUUCUUCGACCUGGUCGAUUGGAUCAACUUAUCUACAUUCCUCUUCCUGAUGAAAAAUCACGAGAGUCCAUUCUCAAGGCCAAUCUGAGAAAAUCACCAAUUGCUAAAGACGUUGAUCUCACCUACGUCGCUAAAGUCACUCAUGGUUUCAGUGGAGCUGAUUUAACUGAAAUCUGUCAACGCGCUUGUAAAUUAGCUAUUCGAGAAUCUAUUGAAGCUGAAAUAAAAAGAGAAAAGGAAAGAGCUGCACAACCAGAGGGAGCUGCCAUGGAUGUGGAAGAAGUUGACCCCGUUCCUGAAAUCAGAAGAGAACACUUUGAGGAAGCUAUGAAAUUCGCUCGACGAUCAGUCAGCGAUAAUGACAUUCGAAAAUACGAAAUGUUUGCCCAAACCUUACAACAAAGCCGAGGUUUUGGAACUAAUUUCAGAUUCCCAUCUGGAACUCAACCUUCAUCCGGUGGUCCAACAGGGUCUGAUAAUCGAGGAAUCGGGGAUGACGGUGAUGAUGAUUUAUACAGUUAAAGAGAGAAUGGUACGAAAAGAAAAUGAAAAAUCAAUACUUUACAAACUAAAUCAAAUUAAAAACAACAUUUAAUUACAUGAAUAAAUAAAAUCAAGAUAAUAUCACCAAAAUUUGCAGAAAUGAAAUGAUGAAAUUCGAAAA